AGAUUACAGCAGGUAUCAUCAACGAGCGCAGUAGGCCGAGCCUCCCAAAGUUUGGCAAAACGCAUAUCGGGGAAUCGAUUUUGUGAGAACAGGCACGGUUAUGGCCUGAGCCGUUCACAGAAAAGGCUCUUCCCGUCCCGACUAUGUACGCCCAAACCCUCCUUUCGCCAUGCCGAUUGGCUUCCUAUUCGCUGGCCGUGCAGAAUUUGCCAAUGACCUUGUCAAAUAAUACCGACCAGCACUGCACGAUGUUACGGUUUUGCUUGCUCAUGCAUGACGAUAUGCGUCGUCUGCAGGAUGUCCAAUCUCACGCCUUGGUGUCAAGGUUGCCGGACCAUAGAGGUCUGAAGGAAGCAGGCUUAGCCAUAUUCAGGUUGCUGACCGCUAAACACCGGAGUCGAGCUCCCUUUAAUGCCUCUGCCCUUCAAUCCAUGGUAUUGCUCUGACCACAAAGGGGCGUUCACUGGGCCAGCUCCGUUAAAUCAGUGAGUCAAUCGAUAGUAACGAAAUGCCUUCUGCCUGUUCUCGGUAGGAUGCAGGGAAGGCUUGCAGAAUGCCAACCCAGAAGAUACUUGCAGCAAAGUGAGGCGAGUCGGCCGGUUUUGGCCAAGGAUAAUAAUCCAUGGCGAACGCAAUCAAGGCUGGCAACAAAUGCGAGUUUAUGAUUCAAUUGUCGGUAAGCAACUGACAGGUAUCGUUGUGGCAUGAACUGGCAGAGUGCCAAAAUUGACGCAGCGGUGGCGGUUUUCUUGGUGGGCCUAGCUGGGUGGUCUGAGCCAGACGGGGCAUGCGGCUUCUAGGUGCGCGUCGGGCCGCAAGGGCUGUCCCGUCCGAAGAAAGGAAGGGGUUUUUUUUUGUUUUUUGAAGGGAGACAACUUUGGCCAGCCCGGCAAGCCGCGUCAAGUCCGCUUCACGUGAAAGGACUCCAGCCGUGAAUGGACAGAAACUGCAAGUCAACCAUGAGUCGUCACAAGCGAUGAUAGAGAGGAUCAACGAUCGCUAGCACUGGCGAAUCUUGGCCGCAAGGGGCCUUGUGCUGGGGCAUCAUGUCCAGGCUUGACAAAGGUGUUGCAAUUAAGUCGUUUCAUCUUUGGCCAGCCUCCCAGCAUUGAUGCUCAUCCUGCAGCAGACGUGGUGCGCUAGACUCAGGCGGACAUGGAAUGCGUGGCCAGGUAUGUACAUUGAACCGAGACAUUCGGCUGCCGAGCCAAAUAGCCCAAUCUUGAAGCACAAAACCAGUAAGGAUCAGAAUGUGCGUUCAACAGCUACAAUUAGAUGGUGCAUUGCUAUUGAUGCAUUUGCAUGUGCGAGUUUUGAUCCAUCUGAAGAACUGGGGCAGAGUGUUGAUGAGGCCCUGGUACAACCAGAUGAGCGGAGCUGCCAAUCCCUGCCGAUAAUGACUUUGUUUUGUGGGAGAGAUUACAAGGAAGCUGGCCUAUUGGAGCACUGAUCUUUCUCCUGUCGACAGCCUGAUCGUUGAGCUUUCUUUUUCGAGCCCCUAACCAGGAAGAAGGAAAAGAGACCAGGGCCCUUAGCCAAGUCAAUCAUCAUAACGACAACUAUCCCAUGCCUGGAGCGAGAGAUUUAUCUGCCAGGGACCUUGUGAAUAUUGGUGGUCGAAUAAAAACAACCGGAUGGGAUCCCGGAAUACCCUUGGUUUCUUGAUCGUCGCUCACAUGAUCGAUUCUGGCUGCAGGGAAAUCUGUUGAAGCACUGUGACAGUGGACUUGCCAGCAGGCGGGCGAUGUUGGUAGGGCUUGCUGGUGAAUCCCUUAUACACAUGUACCUAUUCAAUACCUAGAGCAGCGAAAGAAAGUACAAAGUCAGUGGGGUAGUAUACUAAAAGUAAUGACAUUGGAUGUUUCGUCU